GCUUAGCCUUAGGCCUACUCAUCAAACAACGUCGGCAAGAAUCCUAUUCCUGCACCAUGCCUCGCAUUAGCAAGCCACUCGUUCUGGUAAAUCCUGAUGUAGAUCUAGAGAAUCUAGAUCUUUCAGUAAUAGAGGGACCCAAGAAAGAGACAUCUUCAACUUCCAAGAGAAAAAUGACACCUCAAGAACCAGAGAAAACUACCAUUGAAACAGAUGAUCUAACAAAGGUCAAACAACUAUCAGAAGAUGAAGGAGCACAGCCUUCAAACAAAAAGAAAAAGACAUCAGCUACAGCUAAUUGUUCCGGUUCAGGUAAAAGGGUAGGAAGUAAAAUGAGUAAAAAGACAAUGGUGUGCAUUGAGGGUUGCAGGCAAGGUAAAAACAGUGGCUGUCCUCUCAAGUCAAAAGGCAGAGGUUUAUCUAAAGAUAAUUUCUCCUGUGUUGAAGUUCAUGACCUGUUAAGGAAAAUGGGCCUAGAUGAACCAGAAAAGUGCAGCCUGUGUGUCAAGUCAGCAAUUCAGAAAAAAAUUAUUAAAGUCAAAGGAGAUCCAUCUGACUUGAACAUGGUAGUAGCAGUUGGUACUUGUGAACAAAGCUGUGAGGAGUGCUCACAUGAAUUGAAAGCAACACUUGGUGACUUACUCAAGCAACCUGAUGAAGCUGGUUGUGAUUAUGAGGAUGGUCUUCAGAACGCAACAGUCAAAUGUAAGGAACCAGGUUGUCCAGGAAGAGCUUAUGUCACUGAAAUCUGUAGUGGAAAAAAUACUUUUGAUUCAGGAAAGUUUCAUAACCACUGUUCAGAAUGCCCAGGGUUUGGCCAGUGUAUUAAUGAUUAUCGUAAUACACAUUGCUUUGAUUGUGGCAAACACUACUUUGGUGGAUCUUUAGGUAGUUUUAAUUGUGGCUGUACUAAAACUAAAAGGCAUGGUAAAAACAAUUGUAAUCCAAUGUAAGCACUUAACCAUACUAUUAUACAUUUUUUUGCAGACAAGCACUCAAAAUCUGGCUUAUUUUAAAGAGGAAUAAUUUUUUCUUAAGUAAUGGUAACCAUAAACAAUGUCAAAAUUUUGAGCAUUUUGUACAACCAUCCAGCUUCAAUCGGGCAUAAAAGAGAUCCUUUUUACACCCCCCCCCCCUCUUGUGGUGUUGCCUGAACCAGCUUUUCAUGUAAUGCUAUUAUUACUUUGGAAGUUUCUUUCUUAUUUUUCCAUAAUUACAGAAUUUCUAGUAACUAACAGAAUUUCUUGUAUUUCUUCCCACAAAUCAGUAUUUUGUGUACAGUAAUUUUGUUCCAAUAAUUUAAAAAUAACAUAAUAAUUUAAUGACUAUGCACAUGUAAUUUAUAUUUGUACCAUUCUACAACACAUUUUUCCUGAGUUUCAAAUUCAAUUAAAAAUUAAACUUAAUUUUUAAAAGAUAAAAAUUAAGACUUAAAUUACUGUUUUUUCCAGAAAAGAAUAUUUAAAAAAAAAAAUUGACUGUGAUGAUGUGCAAAUUCUUGGUUAUUUAAGUUGGUAUGCAAUUAUACUUUUAAUACUUUUAUGUAGUUUUAAAAAUGUAAAUAUAGUUGAUUUUUUAAAAGUUUAAAAGUUA